GGAGGAUUGGCAACAGAUGUUAGCUCAGGGCUAAUCUUCCUCAGAAAAAAAAAAAAAAAAAGAAUAAAUGGUAUCUCUGAGUUCAAUGCCAGUACAACCUCUCAAGAGAUUUCUUUGAGUAGGGGUCUCCCUUGGGCUGCUCAACAUACCCUUGCCACUCAGACUGUCUACAUAGUAAAUGCUUGGAUGUUUUUGAGCACCUUCUAGUUAUAGCCCUCCUGCCUAUGUCAGUUCUUCUUAGUUCUGUAGAUCUAGGAAACCGCUUCUCUAAAGGCUACGAAAGACCAGAGCUCAGCAGGAAAAAUGUGUGUCAGAAGAGUUGGCUAGACCUUGUGGCAUAUAAGGCCAGCAGAGAGGAGAUAACUCUUCAGCAGCCCACUGAAGGAGAAUUUGGCUGUCAGAGUAAGGGGAAAAAAAAUCAGUAAAAUGAUAACACUGUCAAGGUAUCAGAGAGCUUAGAGGGCCUUAAGUCCAAUAUUUUCACUUUGUAGAGUAGCAAACCGAGAUGUUUUGAAGGUAUGAACACUGUCUUUGGUUUCUCCGAGACAGUGCCAGCACCCAGGUCUCCACCCUAGCUGUCCAAAGCCUAUAAUUUUAUGGAGGAAUGUGGCACAUUAUUUUCUAGGGGCAUUUACUUUCCUCUUUCAAAAAGGAAAAUCAGGCUUAUAAAUGCUUUACAUAUUGACAUUAUUUUAAUUUCUACAGUUAUGGCCUGGAAAGCAUUGUCCAGUAUUCAAUCACACUGUUAUGGGGCUGAUUCAUUCAGGCUUGGGUUUUCUUUUGACUCCAAGAAUUUACGUUGGCUUUUAAGACAUUUACUUAACUUUCAUCACAACCAGUAGAAGUCAGCUUGACAGUCCACAGGCAAGUGCAGUGAAUGUUUCUCAUGAUGCAGCUAGUUUUUAGAAAUUAUACUUAUCCUAUUUGGCAAGUAAAAGGAAAAAAAAACAUCUAGGCAGGAAGGUGCCUUAUUGUCUGUGCUUCUAAGUUGCAGCCCGAGGGUAGCACUACUUUAUACCCCAACCUGUUAUACUGGUUUGGUGUGCAUGUUUACCUUGUGUGGUGGAAAAAAUAUCUCUGCAUUCAUCAUUGUAAAUCAUGCCUGUGAGUGCCUUUAAAUCUUUCUAGAACUCCAAAGAAGACGAACCAGUUUGUUACUCUUCCUUCCAAGCCUGUAGUACUUGAACAGCAUUUUCAAUUAAGAGAAGUGAAGGGAGCCCUCCUUCCAGGCGGAAGGCUUUCACCAGCUCUUCGUGAUAGGUUGGAACAUUUGGAGACCUGAGACAUUUUGGUGUUGAAAUUUAGUUAUUGAGGUAACAGGGCACUACGGAGUUGAAACUUCCAGAAUCUCUGCUGGAGAAGCCUUUUAAUCUAAGGAUAAAAUCAAGCACACUUGGAGGAAGUAAAAUUGCAGAGAAUGUCAAGGCAUGACAUCCCAGGUAAAAAGAUGGCCUAUCAGAAGGUCAAUGCAGAUCAAAGAGCUCCAGGACAUUCACAAUACUUAGACAAUGAUGACCUUCAAGCCACUGCCCUUGACUUAGAGUGGGACAUGGAAAAGGAGCUGGAGGAGCCUGGGUUUGACCAGUUUCGGCUAGAUCGUGCUGAGAAUCAGAACCUGGAGAAUUCAGAGACUGCAGACCUCAAUCUUGAUUCCAUUCAACCAGCAACUUCACCCAAAGGAAGAUUCCAGCGACUUCAAGAAGAGUCUGAAUAUGUUACCCGUUACACAAGAUCUGCACCAAAGAGCAACCCCUGCAACUUUUGCCGUCUUUCAAAAAUGCUUUGCACAGCCAUCAUUUUAUUUAUUUUUGGAAUUUUGAUAGGCUAUUAUGCACAUAAAAAUUGCCCUUCAAAUGCUACAUCAUCAGGAACACUUGAUCUUCAGUUAUAUCAAGAGAUUCUCAAGACAAUCCAAGCAGAAGACAUUAAGAACUCUUUCAGAAAUUUGAUACAACUGUAUAAAAGUGAAGAUGACGUGGAAAUUUCAAAGAAGAUUAAGACUCACUGGACUUCUUUGGGCCUAGAAGAUGUUCAGUUUGUAAAUUACUCUGUGCUGCUCAGUCUGCCAGGCCCUUCUCCCAGCUCUGUGACUCUGAGCAGCAGCGGCCAGUGCUUUCAUCCUAAUGGCCAGCCUUGCAGCGAAGAAGCCAGAAAACACGGCAGCCAAGAUCUGCUCUACCCAUACGCAGCCUAUUCUGCCAAAGGAACUCUCGAGGGUGAAGUCAUUGACGUGGGUUAUGGAAAGGCAGAUGAUUUAAAGAGGAUUAAAAAAAUGAAAAAUACAACAAAUCAGAUUGCACUCCUGAAAUUAGGAAAAUUGCCACUACUUUAUAAGCUUUCGUUAUUGGAAAAGGCUGGAUUUGGAGGUGUUCUUCUGUAUAUUGAUCCUUGUGAUUUACCAAAGACUACUAAUCUUAGCUAUGAUACCUUCAUGGUAUCACUGAAUCCAGGAGGAGACCCUUCUACGCCUGGUUAUCCAAGUGUUGAUGGAAGCUUUAGGCAAAACCGGUCAGACCUCACCUCUCUCCUUGUGCAGCCCAUCUCAGCAUCUCUCGUUGCAAAACUGAUCUCUUCACCGCAAGAUAGAACCAAAAAUGGUGUCUGUAGCCCUCUAGAACUUCCAAAUAAUGAAGAAAGAAUUGUCAACAUGCAAGUUCAGACAGUUACAAAAUUCAAAACAGUUACUAACGUUGUUGGAUAUUUAAAGGGCUUGACUUCUCCAGACCGGUAUGUCAUAGUCGGCAGCCACCAUCAUACCGCAUACAGUUAUAAUGGACAAGAAUGGGCCAGUAGCACUGCCAUUAUCACAGCUUUCAUCCGGGCCUUGAUGUUAAGAGUUAAGAGAGGAUGGAGACCAGACCGCACUAUUGUUUUCUGUUCGUGGGGAGGAACAACUUUUGGCAAUAUUGGCUCAUACGAAUGGGGAGAGGAAUUCAAGAAGGUUCUGCAGAGAAAUGUUGUAGCUUAUGUUAGCCUCCAUAGUCCCAUAAGGGGUAACUCGAGUCUGUAUUCUGUAUCUUCGCCAUCUCUUCAGCAACUGGUAGCAGAGAAAAGUAAUUUCAACUGUUCCAGAAGAGCUCACUGCCCAGGAACGAAUGUCAGUUCCGUACAGAUACGAGGUGAUGCUGAUUAUUUCAUCAACCAUCUUGGAGUUCCCACGGUGCAGUUUGCUUAUGAGGACAUCAAAGCGUUAGAGAGUCCAAGUUUUCUCUCUGAGGCCCUUUUCCUUAAACGUGCAACAAAAAUUGAAGAAAUGGAUCCUUUUUUCAACCUUCAUGAAACCAUCACCAAGCUCUCAGGAGAAGUGAUUUUGCAAAUUGCCAACGAACCAGUCCUGCCCUUUAAUGCUCUCGAUAUAGCUUUAGAAGUUCAAAACAACCUUAAAGGUGAUCAGCUCAACCCUCAUCAGCUGCUGGCCUUGGCCUCGCGCCUGCGGGAGAGUGCGCAAGUCUUUCAGUCAGAUGAGAUGCGUCCUGCUAAUGAUCCCAAGGAGAGAGCGCCCAUCCGUGUCCGAAUGCUGAAUGACAUUCUCCAAGACAUGGAGAAAAGCUUCCUGGUGCAGCAGGUGCCACCAGGUUUUUAUAGAAAUAUACUGUACCACGUUGAUGAGAAGACAAGCCAGUUUUCAAUACUUCUGGAGGCUUCGGAGCACUGCAAGUCACUUCCAUCAAAUGAGACCCUUCAAGAAGCCCUGUCAGAGGUGUUGAACAGCAUUAAUUCAGCUCAGGUUUACUUCAAAGCAGGACUUGAUGUGUUCGAGAAUGUCUUGGUUGGAAAGAACUGAGAAAACUCUCAGCAUUUUAAAAAGUUUGUUUACAAUUCCUCAAGCAAAAGCUCUAAUCUGACCAGAUUUUCUGACAUUGAAGACUUUUUCCCCGCAAAUGGCUUUUCAUACAAGUCUAAAGCUAUUAUUAAUUGUAUUUUUAAUGUACAUAUGAAAAGAGCAUUUUGCACAUUUAAUAUUUUUCUUAUAUCUACAUUUCUGAAUAUGUAAAAGCAAGUUAUUGAAAUAAUACUUAAGAUUUAUCUAUUAAAAAGAAAUCUGCUGUAUUUUUAUAUAUAUAAAAUAUUUUGGGGAAAAUGUUCCAAGAAGUUCUGGACAAUCUUCACUCUUAUGGAUAAAACACAUAGGAAUAGAGGUUAUUCCCUAUGUUAGAGUGAUUAAUGACCUAAUUUCUGUAAUAGGAAUGGAGAGUUAAUACGGUUUCAGAUUAACUUCACUAGUAAGUAUUCAAUAUGAAGAAUUCAAGUGUUCUGACCAAGUGAUUGGUUGACCAAAACCACUUUGAAUGUUUCUAUUUUACGAAAUGAAGUGCCUGUUCAUAACACAACUAGAUGUAGUAAUACACUGGUUAUGAAAUUGUUUUUUUUUUUAAGUAUUAAUGAAAAAAGGAGCCAUAAACAUUCCAGGGGAAAAUCUCAAGGUAGCUGCACAGAGCAAUUUAAAUGCAAAUUUUUUUCCUAACAACUUAUAAGGUGACUAGCUUUGAAACCUCUAAUUUGCCUCAGUUGAUUUCGUAAAAAUUUCAAGAGUGAUGUAUGUCUUAUGAGGGAGAAUAUAUUUCUUAUUUAUUCUUCUGUUGUUUCUGUUGGAAGCACUGAAACCUAGCUACUCUAAAAUGAAAGCAUCUCAUAUUGCUCUUGCUUCUUGUAUCUUUUCUGAAACUCCUUGCUGUAAGGCAGUUUUCACAGAAUACCAUAUAAUUUCCACAGGAAAGUAGCAAAGUUUCUCUUUGAAAACCCAAAAUAUCUUAAAAAGCAUCAAAUUGCUAUUUCUGCCACUGACAAAAAGGACUUACCACAAAAGAAACAGUUGUUUUGAUCAGUGAAAAGCUCCUUAAUUCUAUGAAGAAACUUGAUAUUUUUCCCUUCUUUAUCCUUGAUUGUGACAAAGAUGAAAACAUAGAAAAUAUUCACGCAGAAUUUUGUGCAGAAAAUAUAAUGUUACUAUAAGAUUGUUUUUCCCAGGCUUCAGUUCUUCUCUCAUGUGGAAAAUGAAGUUUUUUGUAUCGACAUUGUCAUUGAAUGGCCCUAGCAUCCACUAUUCCCUGAAACCUUAGAAUUCUAUCAGGUGACAGUUUAAACUUUUAGCUUACCUUUAGAAACAUUCUUCUGGUAUUGAAUAAAGCAAUUCCCCUUGAGAAACAUAUCUUCAGAAUAUUUCAUGUGAAUUUUCUCUACCUAACACAACACACAAGUGGACUUCUCCAUUACACACCGCUAGAGCAACAUUAGAGACACUGCCUGUGUGUCUAAGUCUUCAGUUUUUAUGGAUAAGCCUAAGCCUAAUCUUAGUUUAAAGGAAAGCUAAAGUUGAAGGAAAAGAAUUAAUCAGUAUUGAUUAAUUGAUUUAUAAGGGUCAGCUGUUCCUACCAUAGGUAAUGUUUACAUGCUCAAGGCAAAGAAGAGAGUUGAAGUAAUUAGCUAGAUAAUUCAAGCAGAAAUUCAUUUUCAUGUGAAGUGCCUGUGUGUACAUAUUUUUACAUGAGAAAUGAAACUAUCUUACAAUUUUUUUAAACCAAUGUACUUGCUCGUUUGAAAAUAUCUGCCAUGCUGAGGAGUGUCUACAGGAAAGAACUAAAAGGAACAGGCUCCUGUAUGCCUCAAACUCAGUGCCCCCUCUUGCUCCACCAAAAUCAACAGCACAAAAGAGGUGGGAACACACAUGCAGACAUGUGUGAGGCCAAAUGAUAAAAUGCUUUAUACCAAAGGAUUUUAAAUAUUUAAUCAAGCUUCAAUGUAUUCAUUCCAGUUCUUCAUUUGGAGUUGAAUUUAAAACAUGCAAAAACAAAUAAGUAUUGGUUUGGUAGUUUAUCAUCUUAGAACAAAAUCCUAAGUAAUUUAACUCCCUUAGUCUGUAAGAGCUUUGAGAGCACAAAAUCUAUUUGUAAGCUUUUGUUCAAAGAUUGUGUACCUAGGUAAACCACAUUCCACUGAUAAAAAUCUCUAUAUUAUGUAUUCCUCACUUCUAAAUUCAAAUGCUAUUUGACAACUGAAGUUAACUAUGGGCAAACAUGUUUCUCUUAGUCUAUUUAAGCGAUUAUGUGAAGAAACUAAAUUAUAAUUAAAACAGAUGUCCACCAAUUCUGUAGAUGCUGCUCCACACCGUUGACUACAGCAAACCUCUUCACUAGGAGCAUUAGUGCUUUGGUAUGAUUACCUCAGGCUUCCUGCAAAUUUGUAUCAUUUUAAUUUUUUCCCCAAUAGAUCCAAGUAAAUAAAAUCUUAUGCAAAUUAAUAACCAGUGUCUUCAGUGAAUUGGUAGUAGGUUUAAAUUGUUGCUGAGAGAUCUGGGAGCCUGGUUCUUCUCACAAUCCUUCAUACAUAGAAUUGUGCCAGGACAUGAUGAAUCAUUACUGGUUAUUCUCCCAAGAAAAUGUGGCAAGUCUGCGCCACUGAAUUUGGGUUCAAGAAGGGUAUGCACGGGAAAUUGCCCUCUCUUGAAAGGAUAGAUUCUGGAGUCAGAAGAAAGCCUAAGAGACAUUCUGGUCUAAGCCCUCAGACGUUACCCUCAGCAUGGAAAGCAUCGUCAGCCCCAUCAGAUGCAGUAACUCAAGCCAAAGGGAUUAAGGAAUGUGGAUAUACUCACAUAUUCAAUUAGUAGCAAAAGCACUCCUGGAAUUUAAGCUUCUCUGCUUUUUCGUGCAGUGUAUCCAGCUCUCUCCCUAAGGUGCUAGGAUUAUAAAUGCUCUUUUCCAGGGCAUUCUAUGUAACCAGCCAUUCUAUCAGACGCUGUAUGGCCUGGAAUCACUGCUUUUAAUUAAGGAUUAGCUCAUUGUCUAACCAUAGCUGACCAGCAGAACUGUCCCAUUGAACCCAGGCAAGGACACAAAAACUGGGUCCUUGGGGAAGAGUGGGGAGAGGCUCUACCUGACGCCGGAAGUCAGGAAGCAGGGCCUUGAGUAAAAUGCUUUUACGAGACAACAUUUCAGCUCUAUAUUAAAUCAGCAAUCUAAAUCAGUGUUUCUCAAAAUGUGGAUUUGAAGGAGUGAGGCCUAGGAAUCUUCAUCUUCGGUAAGAUUUCCCAAAUUAUCCUUAUGCACACCGAUGUUUAAGAAUUUCUAAUCUACAUUAAUCCUGGGUCCUGAGAAAAUAUUAUUUGGCAAUGUAUCUAGAUAAAUUGAAGAGUCGCAAUAACAAGAGGUACCUAAAGCUUUGCUAUUAAUGGCACCAUUAAAAAAAGAGAGAGAGAAUAACCAUUGUAUCUCUCAAAAAAAGGAUGCAGACAUAGCUAACAUUUGUGCCUGUUACAUGUGCAAAAUGGUUCUAGACUUCUCAUUUGUUUUUUUCUAAUUGAAUCCCCACAAAACCUAUUUUUAAAAAUGAGGAAACUUGAUUGAAUGACUUGUUCAAAGUCCCAAGGCUAAUAAAAAUGGCUGAGGUGUGUUUCUCUCCUGGGCCCUCUGGUAUCCAGUCUUGUGUUCUUCACACUGAGUGCUGCAGAAAACAUCAGAAGAAUCUUUGGUUAUAGAAAGUGAUAUAAUUGAAAAUUUUAAUGUAUUUCUACACAACUGAUCAGACUGUGUAGUCUGCCACUUCACUGGUUUAGUGAAGGAGUUUGAAGAAGCAAAUUACAUCAUUCCUCUAAAGAUAGCCCACUCCAACAAUGGUGUACAUAUGUAGGUAAAUGAGAAGAUGUCUAUCAGAGCAUUAAAAAUAAGUGCACCAUUGUAGAAUACCAUGACAGCUAGAUGUAAAAUAGUAAAGAAAGACCAGAAGCCACAUAUCUGACAAUUUCCUCCUCAAAAUGCCUAUAUAAUUUCAAUGGAAACAAAAAAAAACCCAGGUGCUGGGAUUUACAACCACAGUUUUAUAUCAUCCUUAAAAACUCAGAAUAAUUGACUUUUUAAAUUAAAUAAAUAUGUAGCAUACGGUAGGUUUCCCCAAUGGAAAGAUGUGUUACAAAAAUAAACAAUUAUUUGUUACCAUCUGCCGGAUGGUGAAUCAGCAUCUUUGCCUCAAAUGCAAAACUAUAAUUAUUUGCACAAUAAAUUGGUAGACCCAGCCAAAAGUGUUCUCAAGAGACAUUCUGUGCUAGGUGUAAUUAAUUAGUCCAAAAAUUAAGCUAACUCGGAGGGUAGCACAUUGUCAUCUCAUUGGUUUAAUAGACUGUUUAAAUGUGCCUUAGCGCACAUUCCCUUAACAGAAAGGAAUUACUUUAAACUGCCGAUCCGCGUGUGAGCGGAAGGGAAAUGGGUCCACAUAUUCCAGUAGUUAUGUCAGCAACAUAACAGUUCCAUCACAGGAGCACGGAUGCAACCCAGGGGAAAAAACGAACAAUGUGGUAUUUGUGAAAAGAAAUAUUCUGCUUAGCUAUACAAGUGAAUCUCUAUUUCUUGCUUGAGUUUAAAUUGCUAGCUUAAAAAAGUGUCAUUGGAGUCUCCUAUUCUGAAAGAUCUUGAAGAACUUCAGAGUCCUAAGCACCCCAAUAAAUGCAAAUAAUUUUCAAUUUACGUUGUUUGUCUUAUGCAAUUCAGAAUUUCAAGUGAUGAGAAUUUGAAAGAAGAGGAGUUUCAAAGAAAUUUUUAAAAUGUAGUUUUUCUGGUCAUCACCAUGUCCACUCAGUUUUCUGUUUUUCUAGACAUACUCCAGCAAUGGGAUCAGGCUUUUUUUUCUUACCCUGAGAAAGUAAUUUUAGGAUCUAUUUGUCUCAAUAUAGAUUUAUCUGUUAAUCAGCCAGUUUUAUUUCCACAGUAUCUUUCCAUUAUCCUUUGAAGAGGUACACUGAAGUGCCCUUAGCAUACCUGAGGCUGCCAAGAAUCUUGAGACCUUAUCUAUUGCGAGAUGACAUACUUCUCAAAGACAUUUAUAAUCUCAUAUUGAGAUUGUAUCCGAAUUUGCAAAGCAAAGGAUUAAACUGAGGCACUUUUAGGGAGCAUUCAAAAAAAAGAAGCUGCUUCUAAUUUUAAUAUGUUUCUGGUUAGAUUAUCUUGUGUUUGAAUUAUAUAGUUAAAGAAUUUUCUGUAACCAAAAUGGUAAUUUUAUGUUUUCAGCCCAAAUCCAAUCAUUGAGGCCAAAGAAAUGCGUGGCCACUCUAAUUUCUUAAGAAGGAUUCUUUCAAGAAUUAACUCAGGAGUGGUGGAUUCAGUGCUUCUAUCUAGACAAAGCUUUAAUGAGUGUAGACAGACCCUAACAGUAUUCGCCUAAUUCCUUUGAUGUCUUAAGUCAAUAAGCGCUGAGGUAGCUUGUCUCAGAGGGAAACAGAUUUUAUUUUCCAGGGGCUAAUUAAUAUGCACCACCUCAGUCCCCAGAGGACCACGCAGGUGCCUGUACUCUGCCAUAUGUCAUGUGCUAUAUUCCAGCAAACUCAAGAGAUUAAUAUACAAUCAUUAUUAUGAAUUAUUAUAUUGCAUUGAAGUUAAUGUCGGUCUUUUGUUCUAAUUAAAGUACAAACUUGGCAUCUGAAUAGCAGCUUAGUUAGAGAAGUGGAGUGAGAGUCUCUAUUUUAAUGAACUACAUCUAUUUUUCAAUCAAAAUGUGUAAUUAUUUAAUUAUCUAGCCCACUUAGUAAGUAUAUAACUCUUCAACUUAUUCAAAGAAUCUUUAUUCAAUGUUAUCAUGCAGAUGGACACAAUUUGGAGAGCAUUUUAUCUUUUGAAAUUCUUAGCCAUCGUUGAAUUAUGCUUUCACCAAAUGCAGUAGUUUUAUUCAUAUUAAUUAUUAUUAUUUAUUUCCUUUUAUAUCAAGCUGCUGCAAAUGGACUACCUUACUCUGAAAGUCAAAAAAAAAAAUGCCACUACUCAAUAAAGACAAUUUUAUCAUAUCUGUUUAAUAAGAAACAAACACACGAACAAAAUGCUUUACUACACCAUUGCGAGUUGUUUUCAAGAAGCAAAAUCUCCGGAUGGUUAAGAGGAGCUCACAUAAUUAUAUUCCAAAGAUGUUAUAAAUAAUUCCAUUUAGAAGCUGAGAUAGGACUCUAUUAGGUGAUUUAGUGUUUACGUUUCACACAGAAAGGUUUAAUGGCAAAUAUAUCCCACACAUUCGAACUUGCUACUUGGAGAAUAUGAAUAAAAUUGUAUUCAGAAAAGAAAAGAGCUUUCUAGGACACGUUGCAGGGCUAAUUUGUUUUUACAGACAACUAGAAAUAUCAGCACAUCAUUUUGAUAUUAGUUUUGUAUAUGUGUUUGCAAUGUUAAUAUAUACCACACAUUUUUAAAUCAUGUCUGCAGAGUAGCAAUAUUUAGAUAUAAAAGAUUUUAUAAUAAACAAAAGUUUUCAAUUGUAUAGCCAUAGAAAAUAUAGCCCUAAAAUAAAGAAUGAUGAUGAGCAGAAGAUUUAUAAGUUAACUUGAGAUAAAAUUUGGAGGACAAUCUCUCCAAUUAAAUUUGCUUUGAUUAAAAACAAAUAUCUUGAAAGGAGUGUCCCAAUUAAAAAAUUGCACUGAGCUGUUGUAGCGUUGAAUAUUGCUCGAAGUAAUUUGAUUAUCAUCUGUGAUUCAAAAAUCUUUUUAUUGUAUAGAAAUUUUCAUUGUCAUUGUCUUUGUUGUGAUUGAUUUUUAAUGACAUUGAUUUAGAGGCUGAUGUCUAUAGUUUUUUAAUUACCAUCUAGGGUUGAAUGUCUAAUUCCUAUAAUGUGUGGAUGUCCAUCAGGAAUUUAGUGCUUUCUAUAUUUAGCCCAGGCGUGAUCUCAAUUUACUUUACAACUCUUUAUGUAAUACUCCCAUGACUCAAUAUGCAGCUUACUUAGGAAAGUACUUUGUGAUCUGGAGUGACAGAAAAUGGAUUCCUAUGCCACACCCAUUAAGAAUAUGAGUGAAUGUUUUAUAUUUCAGUUGCUUAAAUAUUUGCACAUAAUUGAAAACAUAGUACUAUGAAAUGAAGGCAUCUUUUAAGAAAUAUAUUCUGAUUCAUAAAUGCAAUGAGUAUGUACAAUGAAAUGGUAAUGUUUAAAACACCCAUUUAAAAAAUAUUAAAUACAGGUGAAAAUCA